AUGGACUUCCGCAGCUCACCAGACUACCUCGGCUGGAGGGAAAUCAACCUCAACUCUUGUCUCAUUGCGAUCUCCACCCUGGCUUUCGGGUUUCGCAUCUAUGCGAGGGCCUUCAUGAGUGGCAAGACUCUGGGUCUUGACGAUGCAGUUGCUUCUGUUGCCUACGUUCUUAUAGUCGUGCAAUCAAGUCUUGACAUCUAUGCCGUGCCCUUUGGCAGCGGUGCCCAUCUGGCUCUCCUAUCCAAGGCCCAACUGCGCAACUUCUUCGAGGCACAUUCCCAGAACCUGGCCAUCAUGCAACUCGUCUAUUUUUGGGCCAUAGGCAUGGUGAGAUUUGCCAUCAUGGCUUUCAUCCCACGGAUCUGUAGCGACAUCAUGCUGGCGCUCUACGGUCUAGCCUUGGCCAACUUUGCAAACACAGCGUGGUCUUGCAUUUUCAGACUGGUCGAGUGCACACCUGUUGCUGACAACUUUAAAAACCCAACCACUCCCCGAAUCAAUUGCGUCAGCAACGACACGCAUCGUCACGUGAACUGGGCCCACGCGAUCGUCGGGCUGCUCAUCGACAUUCCGCUCAUGAUCCUACCGGUGUGGAUCGUCUAUUGCAAGAUGCUUUGGUCCAAGAAGAUGAUCAACGUUGUCUUGGUCUUCGGCUUUGGAAUUUUUGCAGUCGUAACCGGUCUGGUGCGCAUCGUUCUGAUGUUGACGUUUGAUUUCACUACUGACAUAACACACAAAAUGGGCAUCGUCGCCAUUUGGACCGAUCUCGAGUCCCACGUCGGCCUGUGGUGUAGCUGCUUUCCCGCGAUAUCCUGCAUCAUUCGGGCCCUCUCAGACAAGCUUGGCUAUAGCACGACCGCGACGACGCAACAGACAGGGCGCGACAGCCGUGGUUAUACGGAGUGGUCGUCAGGGGGUAGGGGUCACUUACAUACGGCUAAAGACGGUUACGUCAUGAACGGGAUUGGCGUUGACGAGGACAGCGACAGCCAACGGGCCGUCGUUGAGCGAUCGGGUGGCUCCGAAUUGGAAGAUCUGCAGCAAGGGAGCAUAUACAAACGGGUGGAGACCAACGUCAACACGGAGUUUGUUGCUUCAGCCUAA